AUUUUCCAGAGAGAACAUGGUCUAGAUAAAAGACAACAAUUCACUCAAGGAGAUAAAUGUGUUAUAAAUUCCAAGUUUUUACCAAAUAAAGUGAAGACUGUUGCCAAAUAUCAUCAAAAAGCUUUCUGUGGUACCUAUUCAAAAGAUGGUUCUAUAUUUUUAUCUGCAGCACAAGAUCAGAAUUUACGUGUUUAUAAAACAGACAAAUCAUUUAAACUUUAUAAAUCUAUACGAGCUAGAGAUGUUGGUUGGAGUGUAUUAGAUACAGCCUUUAGCCCUGAUGGAAAUUAUGUUAUCUACUCAAGUUGGUCAGAUUCAAUUCAUUUAUGCAGUAUACAUGGUGACCAUGAUGUUCACGAGGCCUUAAAUUUAACUCCAGGGGAACACAGUUUUUGUAUUUUUUCUCUCACUUUUUCUUCCGAUAACACCGAAAUAUUGGGUGGUGCUAAUGAUGGUUGUUUAUAUGUAUAUGAUAGAGAAAGCAAUCAAAGGAAAUUGAAGAUUGAAAGUCAUGAUGAUGAUGUAAAUGCUGUAGCGUUUGCUGAUGAUAAUUCCCAGAUAUUAUAUAGUGGUGGUGAUGAUGGUAUAUUAAGGGUAUGGGAUCGGCGAACACUUAGAGAAGAUCAUCCAGUACCAGUAGGAACAUUUGCAGGACAUAGAGAUGGUAUAACAUAUAUAGAUUCCAAAGGUGAUGCCCGAUAUUUGUUAUCCAAUUCUAAAGAUCAGACAAUCAAAUUAUGGGAUAUUCGAAGUUUUUCGGGUAAUGAUGGUGUUGAAGCAACAAAAAGAGCGGUUUCUGCACAAAAAUGGGAUUACAGAUGGCAGCAAGUUCCUAGAAAAGUUCCAAAGAAUAUCUUGCCUGGCGAUACCUCAGUGAUGACCUAUAAAGGUCAUUGUGUUUUACAUACAUUAAUACGAUGUCAUUUUUCACCUGAAUAUUCUACAGGACAAAGAUAUGUAUAUACUGGUUGUGCUACUGGCUCUGUGAUAAUUUAUGAUUUGUUAACUGGUGCUGUUGUAAAGAAGUUAGAUAAACAUAGUGCUUGUGUUAGAGAUGUGUCUUGGCAUCCUUAUUAUAAUAAACUCAUUAGUACUUCGUGGGAUGGAACUUUAGGAUUAUGGGAGCAUCAUUCCACCUCAGCAGAAGAUUCUGAUUCAGAUAUGGACAAUCCUUGUCAUUGUGAUGAUGAAGAUGAAGAUGGUGAAAGAUCCUUGCGUCCUAGAUCUUCAGGUUUGCGUGCUCGCUUUGCACCCCGCAGUCCCCCUAGACCUAGAAAGCCUGUUGUUGAAAACACAGAUCGAUUUAAAGGCUUAUAUGAUUGA